GAGCUUUUAUUUGAACCGCUCCAAGGCGACGGUCGGUCGAUUGGCGCUGAGCCUUGCUGCAGGCUAGUGGUCAGUGCGAGACUGACUCGAGUGUCACCCUGACGUUAUUAUUAGCGUGAUUGUUAUUUCAGAAAUGUCUGACUCGGAGGAAGAACUUUUUGAGAAACGAUUGAAAUUCGUACUCGUAGGGGAUACCGGGGCUGGAAAAACCAGCAUAGCGAUGCGCUACUGCAAUGGAGAAUUUACCAGACACUAUACGCCGACAGCCGGUGUAGACUUUUUUUUAAAGAACAUCAGUCUAGGAGACUACAAAAGUGUCACCCUUCACAUUUGGGACGUUGGCGGUUUAUCGUUACAUGGAAAUAUGUUGGACAAAUACAUUUUUGGUGCACACGUGAUUCUGUUUGUCUAUGAUGUGACAAACGCUUCGAGUUUCGAAAUUCUUGGAGAAUGGAUUGAAGCGAUAAAAAAAGUGAACGAGGUACUAGAAGCACAACCAAUCUUGGCAAUAAUAGGAAAUAAAUGUGAUAUGGAACAUCAAAGGAGUGUUAAAAGAGACAAGUCCCACAUGUUCGCAGCUGAAAGCGGAAUUCCUUGUCACGACGUUUCAGCUAGAACCGGUGAAUCGAUAACAAUGCGCGUCGCAAGUUUGGCUGCUGAAGUAUUAGGCAUUUGUGUCACAAAAGCUGAUCGAGGAUUUUACAAGCCUAUAGUGCAGUCCGCAAUCGAUGAUACGUUGACUUCAAGACAAGUAGCUUCAACAGCUUUAAAAAAAUGCGCAAAGAAACAUGCGAAAAGACUUCAUAAGACUGAGUCUAAUUCUGAGCUUCCAUCUUCGAAAUCGAGUAUUUGUUCUUUGCAAUAGGUAGACAGUAUAGUAGUUUACAGAAGGGAGGAAUGUAUUUGAAUGCAUAAUAUUGAAUGUUAAUCACAUAAGUUACGAUAUCAACAGUAACAAAAAUGAUGUAAUAUACUAACGAGUGCCUUAAAUUGACAGUUAAUUUUAAAGAAAUCGGAAUCAAGAAUUUCGGAAGGGUCCAACGCAACAAUUCGCGAAGACAAUUUAUCGAAUAAGUUGAAAAGAUAUUUACUAUCGAUAUUAUAUUAGUUACAAUAUUUACAUUAUCAUACAUUAUAACAAUAAGAUUGAACAGACACUUAAAAAUUAUAAUUUUUAGUCUAAUUCUCAAGUCAUGGUUGGCUAACAUUGGCCGUGCUUUUGCACAACAUGGAACGACGACCUACCAGCCUACGGACACAAAAAAACCAUUG